GUGUGGGGAGUUAAUCUAGGGUUUUUGGAGGCCUACGUGGUGUGUCAUCAUUGGAUUUUGCCCUCCUGAGAAGGAAGCUCCGAGCACCGCCGAGGGAGGGGGUUGUCAGCGUCUGCAUGUCGUUCCGAGCACAUCCGUAGCCUAACGCAUAUUGCCAUGGCAUCUUCACUGAAGAGUCUUGUUCAUGAUGAUAGCAGGUACCAGAAAUCCUUCCAGCUUUUCCUGGAGCGCUCAUCUGAGCAUCAGUGUAUGCGGGAUUUUAUUCAAAAUAUACUACCAGAUAUACUGGCCAGCAUUGGAGAUGGAAAGUCCCAAAUAAAUGUCAUUGGAGUUGGAAGUGGAGCUGGUGAGAUUGACCUUGAGAUGCUCUCCGUACUCCAUCUGAAGCACCCAGGGGUGACUGUGGAUAAUGAGGUCGUGGAGCCUAGCAGUCAGCAGCUACAUAACUACAAAGUCUUGGUGUCACAGAAACCAGGUCUGGAUUACAUUAACUUCACCUGGAACAAGAUGACUUCCUCCGAGUUCGAGCAGCACUGGAAGGCGAAGACGAUGACUAAGAAGGCAGAUUUCAUUCACAUGAUACAGAUGCUGUACUAUGUAAAGGAUCCUGAAGCUACUGUCAGCUUCUUCCAGAGUCUACUCAACAAGAAUGGGAAGCUUCUAAUCAUUUUAGUGUCAGGUGAGAGCGGUUGGGGUAGACUUUGGCAGACUUACAGGAGCGAGCUCUGUAACACAGAAAUAAGCCAGUGUGUGACCACUAAAGACAUCAAAAGCUUCCUUGACUCUAGUGGCGUGAGCUACCAGAACUACAUACUUCCAUCUCAGAUGGAUAUUACCGAGUGUUUCUCUGAGGGGGAUGAGAAAGGAGAGCUGCUGCUCGAUUUCCUGACUGAGGUGCUGGAUUUCAGUAAGACAGCUUCUCCUAAGCUGAAAUCUGGUGUCUUGGAGUUACUUCGUCAUCCAGAUUGUAGUAUAGAGUCCAGUGGCAGAGUUAUCUUUAACAACAACCUGGAGGUGAUAGUCAUAAACCAGCCCUCUUAAACUGGUUAUUGACAGUCAGUGGGAAGCUUGCAGAGGAUCAGUAAAAUCACUGUUGAUCUAAUUUAAACAGCAUCAGUCUAACAGACUCUAUAAUGAUACUCUAACUUUCUGAUCAUAUUUAACAAGCCUUUGGCUUUUUGGGAUGUUUUUUGAUUUAUUAACUCUGUAGAAAUAAAUACCACACAUCUUUAUGUUUUGACAUGAUGAUUAUUUUUCUAAUCACAUUGUGUUCAGCUGCAAUCAGGCACACACAUUUCCAUAUAAAACUUCAGGAUCAAUGUUUCAACCACCAUUUUACAUCAGAUGUGCCAUCAAACCCAUUUCACUGCUGAAUUAUAUUGUAAAUAUAGAAAUAAAGUGUUGAACAUGUG